GUAUCGCGGCGAUCAAACAUACUUUUAAAGUUGCGGUUGAUAGCGCAAAAGUACAGAUCCACCGACCCCGGCAACUGGAGAUAGCUUGUCAUCUCCACUACUAGCUAUCGACCCCUGUGCUCGUUGCCAAACUUCGAAGGACGUUCAAGUUUCUUGGAACUAUUCAUUACGCACUAUCCAAAAUGUCUGUUCGGCCAGCUUCAAUAGCUCUAGGGGAAGAUGAACAUCGUAAGAAACGCGUUAGAAAGGGGACCAAAAGUUGUUGGGAAUGCAAAAGAAGAAAAGUCAAGUGCCAACUGAGUUCCGAGAACGUCAGCGUUUGUUCUGGUUGCUUAUCACGUGGAACGACUUGUAUAAGUCAAGAAUAUCCAGAGGAACAUGAUUCUUCAGGUGGUCCUCAGAUUGGUGAACGCCUCGGUCGUAUAGAGCUUGUUCUUGAUAAAUUGAUGUCCAAAAUGGAACAGUAUGAAGAGCAAGAUAAUGCGACUAAAAUUCAUACACCGGAAAGUAUGGGCACUGGUGAUGUUCUUGCACCAUUUACAAAUACCACCUCGAAUGGAUAUGAUAGUGCUACAGCUGUACCUAUUCUGUCUCUUUUUGAUAAUCCUGUUCUAGGUCGCCGAGAAAGGGAAACUCAAUCCGAGAUCACAACCCCAAAAUCUCAGGCAGGUGGUGAAAAGACAACCAAGCAAUGUUGCAUACCAACAAAGAUUGAAAGGAUCAAAGAUGUUCUAAUAGAGCUUCUUCCAUCACAGGAAGCCACGAAUAUACUUUGCACUUUCUCUGAUUGCUGGCUGUUGAUGCAUUCUUUGACAAACCACUCAGCUCAUAUUAUGCUAGGGCCAUCAGCGUUCAAUCCGAAUCAUUCAUUAGACAUUCCCAGCAUUGGAAAAGAAAGUCCCGCAAUGAUAGCACAAAUACUUAUUUACGUAGCUGUAUGUUUACAGCAAUUACCUCAUGGAUACGACGCAAGCCAAUUAGGAAUCACCAGUAGUAUUGAAGUUCGAAUAGACAAGAUUGUAUCGACAGUUUCAGGGCUCGUGACCUCAGAUGACGAACUUGUAGCUUCUGUCCAAGGACUGGAAUGUUUGUUACUCCAAGGAUUGUUUCAUAUGAAUGCGGGAAAUUUACGUCGCGCAUGGCUCACAUUCCGCCGAGCUAUGAAUAUCGGUCAGCUUAUGGGUCUCCAUAAACGCGAGGAGCUUAUUAGUACUACACCUUUACCACCUGGUGGAGUCAACCUUUGGAGAAGUUUGAUGCAGGGAGACAGAUAUUUGAGUUUACUAUUAGGCAUGCCUGCUGGAGCGGAGGAUAGUGUGAUCUUAUCGCACGAAACGUUUAGCAAUCCUAACAUCGAUCAUGACAUUUUAUUCAUCAGAAAACUUACAAAUUUGGCUGGGGGGAUUAUCGAGAGAAAUCAAUCCGACUAUAUUCAUGCAUUUGCCAGUACUCAAGAGCUUGACGAGAAACUCGAGAAUACUGGUAGGGGAAUGCCUGAAUCUUGGUGGGAAGUGCCAAGUUACAUUGAGACCGUCAGUAAAGAUCCAAACUCCGCCGCAAAAUUUGAUCGAAUCAUGUCACAAAUCUACUACUUUCAACUAGAAUCAUUCUUACACUUACCAUUUAUGAUUCGAGCUGCUACCGAACGUCGUUACGAAUAUAGUAAAUUUACCUGUCUCAGAUCAUCUCGAGAAAUCAUCUCCCGCUAUCUUACCAUCAGACGCUCAGGCACAAAGUCUUUUUGUUGCAAGGUGGUAGAUUUUGCGGCUUUCACGGCAAGCGUGACUCUUCUCUUGAGUAUACUGGAAAUUCCUCCAGUAGGCGGCGACACAAUCGCAGUCCAAGAUCAAAAAAGAUCUGACAGAGAGCUCGUUGAAACCGUCUUAGGUGCCAUGGACGAAUGUGCCUCAGAAAAUGAUGUAAUGGCCAUUCAAAGUGUUCAAGUUAUCAAAACCCUUCUCGCAUCAACUAGCACAAGUGGAAAUCUGCGUCUCACAAUUCCUUAUUUCGGUACAGUUUCAAUAGCACGUACACCCGCUACAAAUAUCACCGAAUCAACUCCCUCUAUCGACACUCAAUCUUUGGAUACUACUCAGUCUCUCAUGCAAAAUAUGUCCUCGGGAGAUUCACAGCAUGCAGAGAAUGAAUUCGACAAUUCACUUAAUUGCCCAUGGGCUGCUGCUCAACCUAUUGUUUCCUUUAAGAGUUGUCAGUUGCCACCGUUGGAGCCGGAACAACAAAUUGAUGAUUGGUCAAAUCUACAAGUGGAUAAUACCAUGUUUUUUGACAGUUUGUUAAAUACAGAUUUGGAAGGAAAUUGGUACUUCUAGUCGAAGCCGUGGAAUAAGGAACUUGACGAAAUUGAGAUGUGAUAUUUUUUGUGAGAGAAGGCAAUAGUUCCAUUGUCGAAGCGGCUAAUGGGCAGAUAGUCGGCGUAUGGGAAAGGAGGCAAAAGCGAGCUACAAAGAGAUACCGAUAGUGACCCGGCGCGGACUAUGGAGAAGAAUUCAUGAGGCGCAUUGUAAUAUAUGUAUUCUAAGGGCAGAAAUUCGGGGAGAGCAUCAAGAAAUUCGCAAGGCGCGCUCUUUUCAUAGCACAGUUUCCGCGAAUUUGUUUUGUUAUCAUCAAUUCGAUAGGAGUUAACUACUGACGGCUAUUUGUCCUUUCAUCCUAUAUAACGACUCCUAAUAACAGCUCA